UUGGACAUUAUUUGAAACUUGGUUCGAAGUCGUAUUAGAAAUUGUGCCAAUAAAGUUGGUAAACGCUCUAGUGCAGUUGAACGAAUUGGUUGAAAGGAUCGUAAUUAGUUGUGUAAUCGUGCAACGGAAAUCGAGAAAUCGUAAGGAAUGGAAAAACCCAUAGUACGUGCAAGGGUGGUAAAGGUCCUCGGUAGAACCGGUUCCCAGGGACAAUGCACGCAGGUAAAGGUGGAGUUUUUGAACGAACAGAACAGGCAGUUGAUUCGAAACGUGAAGGGUCCUGUACGAGAGGGAGACAUUCUGACACUCUUAGAAUCAGAAAGAGAGGCCAGGAGGCUUCGUUAAAUCGUAAAAGAAACGAACGAGACCUUUGAAGUCCCUUCAGGUACCACAAGCGAAAAUGACGAUACCUACCCUGAAAUCGAAAGCAGCAUUUGUCUUUUUAUAUGAACAUAUUUUAUAACGAAGUAUAAAUUCAUACACGCCACCGACGCACACUAAUGCAAUGGCGUGUUAGGUCGUUACAUGAAUGUAAUCGAAAAAUAUUUUGAAAUAAAUCUUAGUGUCUAAAAA